UUCAUUUUCGGAAAGGAUACACAUUCAAAAGUAUUGUGUAAAAUUUUUAGAAUAUUUGGAGAUGUCUAACUAUGACUAACUCGGACAUUUUCUUGACCGCGGGACGCAACUGACCUGCAGCCCUCUUACUACCUGUGCGCGCUCGGCCGACCCGUCUCUUGUCUAAUCCGCUUUCUGUUUCCAUUCAUUCAAACAGCUGCUCAGUUCGGUUUUCGUUAGAUUUUUGAGAAGCGGCAUCAGUUUUCUCUCCGAGGUUGAACAAGCAACAUCAGUACGCACACUAUUUUUCAUUAUGGACCAAAAAUCUACAAAAUACGGAAAAUCCCGUCCUGGUAGACCAGGUAAAAAACGCAAGUUUCAAGGAAACCAGCACAGUGAUGAACGCGGAAGUCGUGAAACAAAUAUAUCAGGUCAUUUUCUCGAGGUAGGAGUGAAAGAUGAGAUCGGUGAUGAUCCAGAGCUGGUACACGAGGAAUUUGUCAUCGGAGGUGAAGAGCAUAAUGUCCAGAAUGGCUCUACCACGAGCACCGGCUGUUGUAUCAACUUAUGGACCCCCGAAGCCACCCACUGCUUAAUAACACUCUACAAAAAGUAUAUCAACGAAGUGGGACGACCGCCGAUGAGAAGCAUGAAGGACAUGUUUGAAAAAAUAUCGGGUGAAUUGCGAGUCCUGGGCCAUGAUUAUUCGACUCAAAAGGCGGAGAACAAGUGGAGAGUUUUGGAGAGGAAGUACAAGAGGCAUGAAGCUAUGAUGGAAAAAACUGGGGGAAGAAUUCCCACUAAAUUGCGAAGGAGUAUGUAUUUCGAGCAUAAACAGGAAUUGGAUGAUAUUUUCGGGCCAAUUGCUACAACUGCCAAAAUACCAGCAAUUGGUACUAACGCUGAGACGAUGGAAAGUAUUGAGAAGGUAACGCAGGCAGAGGACGAUGGUUUACCUGAGAGUCAACCUGAUGAUAAAUCAUCUGGGGAUUUUAAUGCCAAAAUCAUAGAAAAAGUUGUAGACAGACUGUCAUCACGUUUAGUAAUAUACUUUGCCCAGAUGGAGAAAAAUAAUGAGAGGAGACAUGAGGAAAUUACCGCUAUAAGACUGAACGAAUUGGAGAUACAGAAACAGAUGUUGGAAGUUAAGAGAGAGGAACUUGAGCUCAAAAAACGGCAGAUGAAUCUCGGUAAAGAGGGAGAGGUGAACCCGAUUGAAGAAACUAUUUUAUCCUGAAUAUUUUUUAUGAAUUGAAUAAUCGAUUAAUUUGUGUUGUAUAUAUCAAUAAAUUGUUACAUAUAAGUAUUAGGGUGGCCGUUAGGGCAUCCGUUCCGGAAUUUUCCAUGUGUCGCCCCCUCAAAAGACUCGAAAUAAAUAUAAAAAAAUCCUCGAAAUUUCAGCUCUUUACCUCAGUUCUAAAACGCCCCCCGAGAGCCUUAUUUUUUCCCAUAAGAAUAACACGGGAUUUUCAUUGAAAAUUUGAAUCUAUUACCCCCCUCCCCCUGUUAUGUAAUUAAAAAAUUUAUAAUCAUGGAAAAUUAUUGAGCAAAUGAACUACUUUAGACAGAAAUUUUUCGUUUUUUGUUCACAUCGUAUAGAGAGCAAUUAUUAUGAGAAACGUUAUUCUCGUGUUAUUCUUAUGAAAAAAACAAGGCUUUUGGUGGCGUUUUAGGAUUGAGAUCGAUCUGAAAUUUUUAGAGAAUUUUUUAAAAUGAUUUGUUUAUUUCGAGCGUUUUAACGAGAUGACACGUCAAAAAUUCCUAACGGGCACUCUAAUAAAUACGUUUAGCAUAGAAAGAAAGUUGUUCCGAAUUGAUUUUUUUUUCUUUAUAAAAUUAGCUUUUAAAUAGAUAAAUUAAUUCUAAUAACUCUGACUAUAUUUAUUGAAUAUUUUUUUAGUACACGUGUUGAAAAUUGUAGAAUACCAACAGAUUAUGUUUGAAUAUUCACCUGGAAUUUUUUUCAAUCUUUACCAUUUAAUAAAUGCGUUUAUUUAACA